CCUCUCCCGUAGCCCUGCCGCUCUGGGCCCGCCCGCCCGCCGCCUCGGGGCGCAGCUCCCCGCGCCAGGCCCCCGCUUCCCUCCUUCCCGGCCUGCCCCGGCGCCGCCGGCCCCAGGCCCCCCUCCCCCGGCCGGGCUGCGCCUGCGCGGCGGCCCCUCUCCCCAUCCGGGUCCCUCCGUGCGGUGUAGCAGGUCGGUAGGCGGGAAAUGGCGACUGGCUGCUGAGCGGCUGCGGAGCGCGGAGCUCCGGCGGCGGUGUAAACACAGCGGCGCCCGCCCGGCUCGGCCCGGCCCGGCCCGGCUCGGCUCGGCCCGGCCGCCGGGGACCCGGACACCGGGGGCCCGCCUCCCCCGGCACCCCGCAUCCGCAGCUUUACAUGUGGUACACAUGAAAAUGAGGCUGAGGACGCGGAAGGCUUCUCAGCAAUCCAACCAAAUUCACACACAACGUGCUUUGAGGGCGAAGAGGAAACACUCGGAGGUGGAAGAGAGCUUACCUGUUGGCGGGGGGAAACCACAGAAAAAUGAGACUGGCUUGUUGUCUUCAAUCAAGAAGUUUAUUAAAGGAAGCACACCCAAGGAAGAAAGAGAAAAUCCUGCAAAAAGAAGUAGGAUUGAACGGGAUAUAGAUAACAACUUGAUCACAUCCACACCUCAGACAGGAGAGAAGCCCAACAAACAGAUCUCUCGAGUACGGCGGAAAAGUCAAAUGAAUGGAGAAGCUGGGAGUUACGAAAUGACAAACCAACACGUAAAGCAAAAUGGAAAAUUAGAAGAUAACCCUACCACUGGCAGUCCCCCACGAACCACCUUACUGGGAACCAUAUUUUCUCCUGUCUUCAAUUUUUUUUCACCAGCAAAUAAAAAUGGGACAUCAGGAUCAGAUUCGCCCGGACAAGCUGUUGAAGCUGAAGAAAUAGUCAAACAGCUUGAUAUGGAACAGGUAGAUGAGAUUACUACAAGUACUGCAACAUCAACCAAUGGAGCAGCUUACACUAGCCAAGCAGUGCAGGUCAGAUCUACUGUCAACAAUGGUUUAGAAGUGGAGGAAACAAACGACCGUGACCUGCCACCACUCACAGCACCAGUAUCUCCAGACAGUGGCUACUCAUCAGCCCACGCCGAGGCCACCUACGAAGAGGACUGGGAAGUCUUUGAUCCAUAUUAUUUCAUCAAACACGUUCCACCACUAACAGAAGAACAGCUCAACAGGAAGCCAGCUCUUCCCUUGAAAACCAGAAGCACACCAGAAUUCUCAUUAGUUCUAGACUUGGAUGAAACAUUAGUGCACUGUAGUCUAAAUGAGUUAGAAGAUGCUGCACUCACUUUUCCAGUUCUUUUUCAAGACGUCAUUUACCAGGUGUAUGUCCGGUUAAGGCCGUUCUUCCGAGAGUUCCUGGAACGUAUGUCUCAGAUUUAUGAGAUCAUUCUGUUUACUGCUUCUAAGAAGGUGUAUGCAGACAAGUUAUUGAACAUAUUAGACCCUAAAAAGCAACUGGUCAGGCAUCGACUCUUCCGUGAGCAUUGUGUUUGUGUACAAGGAAACUACAUCAAGGAUUUAAACAUUCUUGGUAGAGAUCUUUCCAAAACCAUCAUCAUUGACAAUUCACCGCAAGCCUUUGCUUACCAGCUUUCCAAUGGAAUUCCUAUAGAAAGCUGGUUCAUGGAUAAAAACGACAACGAACUGCUAAAAUUGAUUCCAUUUCUGGAGAAACUUGUAGAGCUGAACGAAGAUGUCCGGCCUCACAUCAGAGACAGAUUUCGCUUGCAUGACUUGCUACCCCCCGAUUAAAGCCUUUUGUCUAAUUGCUGAAGGGGGAGAAAAUGCAGGACCCUUUUGGACUAAAACAAAACAUUGCCAUUACUGUUGAAAUUUUGCAUUUUUGUACCCCGUCUUGCUUUUCUUAUCUUUGGUGCCCAACAAUAAUCAAGGGUUACGGAAAGAGACUUUGUAUAUCGGAGAUUGGACACACUCAGUGCGAUGCAGUACCACGCAGUAGGUAGGCUAGAACAGAAGAGUCUUUAGAACUAGUGCAACUCCAAGGAAAUUUUUUUAAUGUACAGGACAUCUGCAGUUUAUAAAGAAUUCUGUUUCUGCCACCAGCAGUUUGACCUGUAGAAACACAGGAUUUUAUGAUACAACAGAGAUUGAAAACGGACUCUUCUCUCUGUUCGGUGCUCUAAGUGGGUUUGUAGCCACUUUUCUGUUACUUUUCAGAUUCUCAUUUCAACAGGAAUGGCCAGUAAAAGUCGUUUUAUUUUUUUCCUGUUAAGGUUUAUAACCUUUUUACAUUUUGACCUGUGUUAGAUUAGGAUCUCAUUAUGCAUUCCUUUUAGUUGAGGCGCUUCAUAGCUUUUCUGGAAAUAGCCAAUUUUGUUAGUUUUUUAUGAAACCGUCGAUGGCCGUUUUCCUGCUUCCUCUGCCUGCAGCCUGUGUAUUUGUUUAAAAAUACUCUCUAGUUUUAGCCCAUGUAAGUUUCAUUUAGAAAGAAAACAAAAGACAACCGACCCUGCAUUUAUAUUUUUCUUUCUGUAAUAUUCUACUGUAGUUGAAACCUUUUCAAAAAUCAAAGAGACUGGCUAGAUGAGAAGAACCUGAGAGUGACUAACGUUCAGAAUCUUUGAGACCAUUGUGACGGCACGUGCUCUGGACAGACGGCAGCUCGCAGCGGCACAAGCGCCCCGGCGGACACGGAGUGCCUCAGCCCGUGCUGCGCGGCGCAGAGCCCCCCAGGGACAACCGCUUGGGUCGCUCGUAGGUUUGAUGCAAUUCCAUUGCCGCUGCCUCCCGUUUGCUCCGAGGUUGAAGUACCCUGCGCGGCGGCUCAGUAUUGUAGGGCGAUGGGCACGGGCCGGGGGGCCCCCCGCUCUGUGGCACUCGGCGUGGCAAUCGGUGUGGCAGGUGGUGCCGGUACUGUACGCUCCCAGCCCGGCGGCUCUCGGCGCGGCGCGGAAAUGGCCUCGGGUCUCUAAUGCAGGCACGGCAGGAGGCUGAUAUUUUUAUAACGGGGUGUAAUCUCCUUUUGAGGAGGGUUUUUAUGGAAGGUUAUAAUUUGUAGAAGUUAGGACGCUUUGCCUCUCGACUGCAUUAACACGGCCACGGGCUCAGACUGGUUUUGUGUAAAAGAUGUCACAGAACGGCACUUUUUCUAAAGAGAAGUUUGAUAUUUUGUAUGCUUGUUAAGAAAGUACAGUAUUGGAAAUUAAAGGUGGACAACUGAUAAUUGAGAAGUAUGUCAGUUAAUUUUUUAUGUAUAUUACCUGUUUACUUGUACAAUUUUAUUGUACAAAUUACAUGCAGCUUCAUUUUCAAAGGAGUCCUUAAAAUAAGGAAAAUCUUUUUAGGAAAACAUUUAAUUUUUGUAUUUUUGAUUUUAAGAGGCAUGAGUUAUGUCAACUUUUUUCCAGUGUAUUAAUGAAGAUUUUAACUUUUCAUCAGGUUGAGUGUUUUCUUACUAUAUUAUCUGUUGUGUAUGUAGCUAGCACAUUGUGUCACUGAACUGUUUAAGAAAAUUAGCAUGUAGAGCAAAGCCUGUUUCGUGGAGAAUCCUUACUCAUCAGACACACCAACGCGGCAUCAUGGCAGGUUUUCUGCAAAACAAAACCCCAACAAAACAAGUGGAAGCGUUUGCAAUUCACAGUACGGAUUGUUUUUGUAUUUAAAGAAAGGUAUUUUGCUUGCAGGAAAGAAAUACUACAGAUUCAUUUUAAUGAGAAUCUUUUAAAUGUAUUUAUCUUUAGGGCAUCUGGGCAUCUUUACGCUGUUUGUCUUAUGUCUUUAUUGAAAUAAAAUGUACAGAACAUUACCUUUA